CGCCAGGAGGCAGGCGCGCCCCGUGGAGUGGCUGGCAAGGACAUGGCCCUUACGUCACGAGGCCGUGGACGAGCCUCGGCGCCGGGCUCAGCACGAGCAGCACCAAGGUUGGGCCGGGUCUGGGUCCGCCGGGUCCCAACCGAGAGUGAAAGCGGGAAGAAAGCCCGAGGCAGAUGAGCGUCGCGGGAAAGGGGGGGGGGGUCGCUGCCUACUACGGGCUCUACCGGCGAGACCAAGGACACGAGGUCAAGGCCAUCGUCACACACCCUCCGCCGAGGGUUUUGCUCCAAAGGAGCGGCGCACAACGGGUCCCAGCAGAGAAUAACAAUGGUCCAGCCGGUCGGUUUGGCGACAUGCAACACUAGCACUUAGGCAAAGACUACAAUUUUAGGUCCAAUGAACACCCUCUGUUUUCAAAAUUUCUGUGCGUAAUAUGGUAAAAACUCGACACGUGAGGGGUGGCAGCAGGAUGCCGGCCCUCCGAUGUGCAGGGCCGGGCCAGGCAGGGGAGGGGCACGGCGUGGCGGGGCAGGCCAGGCCGGGCCGGCGCGGACGGGGGCAGUCUGACCACUGACUAAACCACCGGCAGCGAGGGGAGGGGGCCGCCACCCGUCUCCACCACCACCACGACAUGGACCAUGCGGACAGGAACGCACCAGGUCCCGGACGGGCCAGAGACACGCCCCUCACGGCGGCGCUGGCGAGCGUGCGCCUCAAGAUGAACCGGCAGACCAUGCGCUUCCUCGGGCACGCCGGCAGCGGCCACGCCAGCAAGGGCCGCCAGCCCCCCGCCACGGCGACCUCCGCGACGUCCACCCCGCCGGCAGAGGGGGGGCCGACCCCGCCGCGCGCCAGCCCCAGGCCCUCCACGGCCGGGGAGGGCGGGGAGCGCCACCUCGACACCCGCGUGUCCACCACAAGCCUAGCCAGAUGGAGGCGGUGGCGCGCGCGGCGCCGGGCGGCCCGCAGGUCUAAGGCCAGGCAGGUGCCCAGGGGCGUGGGGGUGUGCUGCAUCAACGUGCGCUCGCCCAGCGUCAGCGUCGUCGUGGAGCGGGUGGGACCCGGGGCGGACGACGAGAAGCCGGGGCCCACGGUGACGCGCUUGGGGCCCUGCUCCAAGAUGGUGAUCCGACUGAGGCAAGCCGGCCGGGGCGGCGACCAGCAAGCGUCGCCCGCCGAGACCACCGGGCGCCAGGCGCGCGAGGUGCAGCCUGCGGAGAGUCGGACGGCGGCGGCCCGGCCGGAGCGCACUAGCGGGGAAGACGCUGUGGAGGCAGGUCCAGGAGACGGGGAGAACAAUCCUACUAGCCGAGAGGGAGGGCAGAGCCGGCAGAGCACCCAGGCGGCCGCCAGCGACGGCGAGCGACACAAGCCCGAGGCGGGCGACACCAGGCCGGCGGCCUCCAGCGAGUCCCUCAACACCUACGUGCGCCGGCGGGCGACCAGCAUCGUGCAGCAGGUGGCAAAAAACAUCAGCCGGUUCGAGAGGCGGUGCGGCGGCCUGGAGGCGGCGAGCAGCCGGGAGCGCCUGAUGCGGCAGAUAACGCGCGUAGCCGCGUACACGGCGGCGAGCAGGCAGCUGCGGCACGCGGCGCACCUGUACGCCGUGGCGGGGAUCACCGCGAGGCAGGCGCGCAGGGGGAUCGUCAGGUAUUGCAAGAUCGACUGCCCGCCCCGGCCUCCACUCCCGGGACCUGGCGCCCUGGCGCUCCCGCUCGCGGCUGUGCCGCUGCACGCGUUGCACCCCUCACGGCCGAGCUUACCCAGGCCGCCUGUAGCUGACCAGACUGGCGAGGCUGUCCACAUCAACGACCUGCCGAAGCGCCUCCUGCUUAGGGUCUUCGCCCUGCUGGACCAGCGCGAGCUGAGCCUCAACGCGGCGCCCGUGUGCCGCGCCUGGCACCGGCUGGCGAGGAGCAGGCACUUUUGGCGCGAGCUUACCUUUGACGCCGCCUUCCACCAGUACUCGGCGCAGAGCGUGUGCCAGCUGCUGCGGGUCACCCCCGGCCUCUGGACCCUCGAGCUCAUCGCCUGUCGCGACGUAGACCUAGUCCUCGGCCAGGUGUGGCAGACGUGCCGCCAGCUGCGCACCUUGGUGCUGGACUCGUGCACCGUGUCGCCGAAACUGCAGCAGCUGCCGCGCCAGGCCAAGGAGGCUUCCGUGCUGGAGGCCGUGCUGGAGCACUGCGUCUGCCUGCAGUACCUCAUCGUGGCCUUCACGCCACUCCUCUACACUAGCAGCUUCUUCGAGCUACUCGGGCGUCGUUGCUGGAGUCUGCGGUGUUUUCUGGUGAGCGCGGACGACGGGGAUGUUCGCGUCUUUUGCGAGUCGCUGAGCGCGGACGGCGGCGAGCCGGGGUCCAGCGAGGCUAGUGAGGCACUGCUAGGGUCGCUGACGGGUUCCUGGUCCCGGACGGUGCCGCCGCCGGCGUGCCCCGCCACCACGGCCAGCGACAACUGCCACGCCGCGCACCCCCCACGCGAGACGGGUGACCUGAGGAGGAGGGUGACCUCCGUCCGCACCAGGAACCAUCUGCUGCGAGUGCUGGCCCUGAGGCCCGACGCCGAGUUACGGCUGCUGCAGUGGCGGAUGUCCGACAAAGACAACCGCGCCACGUUGGACUACUUCGGCGUAGAGGCGCGCCUGAGCUUUCAGUGACACGUCAACGCCCCCGGCUCCGGCCCCAAGCCAUGGCCACAACCAAAAUUUUUCUCAAGUACCAAGCUGAGACAAACUUUAAUUGUUUACAAAAUGCUGCGUACAAAUAUAAGAUGGAACAUUCUUACCCUACUA